GCCCCGAAUGUACUUUCAACAAUAUUUAGGCACCAGACUGGUAAUGUGCUCUAGGACUAUAAAUAAUGCAAGUUGAAUAAGGAUGUUGAUUCAUCAUUAGAAGAGUAUUAAAACAGAUCGAGCAGAGCGAGAGAUGAGAAUGGGGUGCGGCUUCCUCAUGAUUGUGCUUGCGUUGCUAGGGACGCAGACAACACGAGUGUCUGGCGCCGUAGCGACAAGUGGUCGGCAGUAUGAAGAGAGCAAUCUUGUCGUUCCGUCGCCGGCCAUGCUCGGCAGGUGCCCGAGGAAGUGUGGCAAUCUGAGCUUCGCCUACCCCUUCGGCAUCGGCUCCGGCUGCUUCCGCGACCCCGACUUCAACCUGACCUGCGUCGUCGACGGCGGCAGCGGCACCUCCAGGCUCUUCUUGAGCGACAACAUCACCGAGGUCGUCGCCUACGGCGAUUCCGAGCUCUCCGGCAUCAAGGUCGGAUGGACGCAGUACAUAAUCAUCAACUAUAACGAGGAGGUCACCGUCGUCUCCGGCGUGGACGUUUACAACUUGUCCUCUUGGUUGCCUCCGGGGAGAUCUUUUGUUGGAUUGAAUGCCGUAAUAAACGUCACCGGCUGCGGCUUCGACACGUACCUGCUCAACCACGACUCGAACACGACCUUCAGGGUCUGCUCGACCACCUGCCCCGGCACCGAGAUCACGGAGACGACGGCCAGGGAGAACUGCGACGGCACCUGGUGCUGCACCGUCCAAUUUUCUAGCUUUAAUGGGUUUCAGUUCAGCUUUGUCCGGCAGCGCGGCGUGGAUAGCAGCAGGGUCGACCACACAAGUCCCCUGUGGAACAAGAUGAGCGUAACAACGGACUAUGCAAGCCUGGGGUGGAAUGUGGUGGAUCAGGCAAACUGUGCCGAAGCUGUUAGACACGAAAAAACCUACGCCUGCCUCAGCAAGAAUAGCAGCUGCACUGAGAGACGGUCGGCAUAUAGCGACGGCUACUGGUGCUCCUGUAACGUCGGAUUCCUUGGCAAUCCCUAUGUUGCCGACGGCUGCUUCCGCGACAAAGGAUAUAACCGAAUCCAACGAGUGGAAAAUUGCACACGACAAUGUGGGGACAUUGAAAUCCCAUUCCCUUUUGGCGUAGAAGAAGGUUGUUUUGCAAGGAAGGUAUUUCAGCUCAAUUGCACAAAUGCGACAACCUCUACACUCCAAAUGGAAGAUGAUGUACAUCAAGUGGUGCACAUCAAUAUUGAGGAGGGGCUCAUUGAAAUUAAAUACAUAGCAUAUUACCAACAAGAAUUUUUAAGGAUUUACAUUGAUGAAGAACCUGAUCUCUAUAUGGGUUAUGGGGAAACAACAUUAUCACAAUGGGCUGUUGCUAAUCUAACCUGCCAAGAGGCAGAAUUGGACAACAAUAGGUAUGCAUGUAUUAGCAUCAAUAGUGAGUGCUUGAUUGUCAACUCUACAAAAAAUCGUCUCUACGGUUAUCGUUGCAAAUGCUCCAGAGGCUUUCACGGAAACCCAUAUAUCCAAGAGGGUUGUCAAGAUAUUGAUGAGUGCAAUCAAGCAAAUGGUACAUGUGAAGAGGUUUGCAAUAAUAUCGUGGGAAGCUACUAUUGCAGCAAGUGUCCUGAUAAAAUGGACUAUGAUACAACAACAAGGAAAUGUAUGUCAAUAAAAAGACAAAUUACUUACUUGGGUGUUAUCAUUGGGUUGAGUGGUGGCUUUGGAAUUCUACUUCUCAUCUUGAGUGGACUUUUCAUUGUACACAGAUGGAAAAGAUACAGCCAAAGGCAGUUACGGAGGAGAUAUUUUAGGAAAAACCAGGGUCUUCUUUUAGAACAACUUAUAUCAUCGGAUGAAAAUGCAAGUGACAAAACAAGGAUUUUCUCGGUGGAAGAGCUAGAAAAGGCAACAGACAACUUCCAUCAAACACGUAUCGUAGGCCAUGGAGGGCACGGCAUGGUAUACAAAGGCAUAUUAUCUGACCAAAGGGUAGUGGCCAUAAAAAAGUCUAAGGUGAUUGAGGAAGGUGAGAUCAAUCAAUUCAUCAAUGAAGUCGUCAUCCUCUCCCAAAUAAACCACCGAAACAUCGUAAAGCUAUUUGGAUGUUGUCUUGAAACUGAGGUACCUCUGUUAGUGUACGAUUUUAUCUCAAAUGGAUCGUUGUUUGGUAUUCUUCAUUCUGAUUCUAGCACUGGUUGUUUAUCUUGGGAUGAUUGCAUAAGGAUUGCUGUGGAAGCUGCGGGAGCCCUCUCUUAUCUCCAUUCUGCAGCCUCGAUAUCGGUUUUUCAUCGUGAUGUUAAAUCAUCCAAUAUACUAUUGGAUGGAAACUACACAGCUAAAGUCGCUGAUUUUGGGGCUUCGAGACUAGUUUCUAUUGACCAAACUCACAUUGUGACAAAUGUGCAAGGCACGUUUGGGUACUUGGAUCCUGAGUAUUAUUACACUGGACAAUUGAAUGAGAAAAGUGAUGUCUACAGUUUUGGUGUUGUACUCAUUGAGCUACUUCUCAGAAAAGAGCCAAUAUUCACAAGCGAGUCAGGCUCGAAGCAAAACUUAUCAAACUAUUUUCUUUCGGGGUUGAAAGGGAGGCCAGUUACAGAAAUAGUGGCUGCCCAAGUUCUGGAUGAAGCAACUGAGGAAGAGAUUAGCAGCGUAGCUUCCCUUGCAGAGAUGUGCUUGAGUCUCCGAGGCGAGGAUAGACCUACCAUGAAGCAGGUGGAGAUGGCUUUGAGGGUUCUACAAACAGAAAGGUUAAAACUGUGCCAUGUUGAUCCAGGGAAUGGAGAAGAGAAGGAACCACUGCUAAUUCCAGCAAGAGAAAAAGGUAGCUCCCAUCAGUUGGUCGCUUCUGAUUGUGGCAAUGCUAAUUUGCCAUCUGAAAACAUCAAACGGUGCUAUACCUUUGAGCAAGAAUUCAUGUCAUAUGAUGGUGUUUCACGCUAGAUGUGUGUAUGAAUCUAGCCUCUACGCUUACUGCACCUAUGAUCAUUUGUCCUUUAUGCAUCGAUAAACAAGCACAUAUGUACGUUUUU